AUGUAUAAAGUACUCACUCUAUGUACGUUUAGUUAUACCUAUGUUCUUAGUGUCUUGAAAAAAGUGACAUACAACGAACUGUACGGAAACAACAUUCGUAUUAUGUACGAUGUUGGUUGUAAGCUACGAACUGCUUUAAAGAAAACACCAGAGUUGAAGGACAUCGAAGAUGUUCCCAUUGCGGUCGGUAUCUUUCAUAUUACCGGACACAAUGUUGCUUGCCAAAUCCAAUUUCACCCUCGUUUGGUAAAAGGCUUUGGCAUGAUCGAUGGCGAGUGGCUAGAGCGAAUGUGGUCAUACCUCAACGGUUUUGUAUCCAUCACACGUACUAUGUCGUCUCUCAACAGGCGACUCGCCUUUACUAUUGCGCUCGAGUUUUUCGCAAAAGAAAAAAUUGACAACAUUGGUACAUAA